GGCUGCAACAAGUCUUCCCGGACUUCCAUGUCCCAGAGUCUGCUGGUUUUAUCAGACUCCUGCUCGCGGAAAGUCUGAUUGUGGGUCCAGAUUGCAACCUCGCUCCUUCCUGCAUCCCAGUCUUCGUUGAUGUUUGGAGGCACUCCGGAAUUGCGCCCGUCUUCACAGUGAAGACGAUCGAGAAGGGGCAUCUAAUCGCAAGUACUUACUGCAGAAUUGCUCGUCUUCCUCGUCGUCAUCAUCAGCUGCUGCUGCUGCUCCCGUCCAUUCAGAAGCGAAGAUCAACUUGGCAUCAUACUCGCUGACGAAGGUUGGAGUUUGCAACCUGAAGUGGAGGAUAAGCAGAGUACCAGCGUCUUCAACCCCUAUGCAGGUGCACGAGCUGAAAUCGUUCGAUGUUCACCGUUGUAGUGCCUGGUUUGCUCGCCAGGUACUCCUGCUGGGUGAAACGGGCAAAUCUCAGUUAAGAUCUCGUGCUCGUUCUCUUCUGUGAGUCUUAGAUAAGAACCCAUCAUCAUCAACACCACGAGAUAGAUCUCUUGGGGAACACAGCUCAGUGAUACAAUCUGAUCCUCAACUCCGAAAAGCGAAGACUGAAGAUGAGUCAAGUUGCCGAUGAAGGCAUUAUGACCAUCCAAGUUCACGGGCCAGUUGGACUCACCUCUACUGGACGGGUCUUGAUCACUUUGUUCGAAAAAGAAGUUGAACAUUUUGAAGUUGUCAAUGUUGACAUGAUGAACUUGGAGCACAAGACGCCAGAGUACUUAAAGAGCCAGCCAUUUGGUCAAAUCCCAUUUAUCGUGGAUGGAGAUCUAACUCUGUACGAAACCCGAGCCAUUGCAAGGUACAUCGAGCACAAGUUUGGGGACCAAGGCACUCCCUUGUAUGGCCAAACCCCAGAGGAUCAUGCUUUGACGGAGCAGUGGCUAGAGGUGGAGUCCCAUCAUUACAUGGGACCAGUUCACGACGUCGUGUACAAUGUGUGUUUUGCGCAUCUGUGGGGCAAAAAAUGUGACGAUGUCGUCGUGGCGGCUGGGAUGGCCAAGCUGGAGGCAGUUUUGGAUGUCUACGAGGACCGACUGUCAGCGACUGAGUAUCUGGCUGGCAGUUUUUUUGGCCUCGCUGACAUGUCUCACAUCCCGUUCACAUACUUCAUGAUCCAUUUGGCACAUAAGGGUCACAUUUUCUUCUGUCGACCCCACGUCAAUGCCUGGGUGGCUAAAAUCCAUUCACGUUCCUCUACAUUGAAAUGGCUAAACAUGGCUGGCUUAGCGAAAUAACAUUCACUCCAUGUUUUCUUGCAGUUAGGUUUGGACCACACGAUUGUUAUUCGACGUGACGUUUUGUUUCAUUUAGGGCUUGUACACGCAGUACAAUCGAAUGCUCUAACGUCCGUCGAAAACAUCUCAAAUAGGAAAAUAUUCAUUUUCCAAAAUCUCAUAUUCUACGUUUAUCAAAUAUAUACAAGGUGGAUCAUCAACCAUUUAAUAUUAUUCGGACUUUGUGAUAAGAAUAUUAUUUUUCGUAUAAAUCCUGUGAAGAGUAAUUUCUCAUAUCAAUUUUCCCUGUACUAUUUUGAUUCUAGAAAUGCCACUAAUUAAUUUCAUGAAACUUAUUUUUUCUUAAAAUAAAAAAAUUAAUCAUUGGUAUCAACCUGCCUAACUAAACACUACCUAUGCAGGAAGCUUUAGGUACUUUAUUGAACUCCAAAAUCCCUUAGGCUUGACGAAACCUCUAAAAUGCAAACCCUAAACCCU